UUUUGUAGUAUAUCUGUCUGCAGUUUUGACGUAAAUCAAAAAAAAGGGAGCAAUAAAAACCCUAGAACUGCGGUUCCCAUUUAUUCGAGUCAUCUCCAUUAACAUUUCCAAAAUGAUAAUUUUCUUUGAAAUUUGGCACUGGUCAUGGGCUCUUCUGGGCUGCUAUUUGAACUUACUUCUUGCUUACUUGGCAAUAUUCAAGUCACCAAAAGCAAUUAAAUCAUACGCCACAUUGAUUAUAAAUUAUGCUGCAACUGACUUUGUGGAGUGUGCAUUAGAUAGUUUUCUACAAACCAGAUUGUUGGCGGUGCCUGGUGAAGCUGAACUCGUGUACAUAUUCAAUGGACCUUGUAAAUAUAUUGGUUCCAUAUCCUGUAAGGUUGGAUUGAGCUUCUUCUUACACUGUCUGACCCAUUCCGUUUGGUCCUUGCUGCUAUCUUUUGGAUAUCGAUUUUACAUUUUACAUAAUCCUUCACUUUCCCGCCUUGUUUUAUUGAAACUUAUUUUAGUUUUUUAUAUACCAUCAUUAAUUCAAGCACUCACAUAUUGGACCAUAUUUGCUUCGCGCGAAGAAAUUCUUCCCCUCGCUAGGCAAUGGUUUCCCUAUUAUGAUCUCGAUGCAGAAACUGGAGUUUUGACUGGAAUUAUAGAUCUUACCAACUUUGUAGCAAUAUAUUCAAUUGGUCAUAUAUGUUUGCCAUUUUUCCCUGUCUACAUCACAAUUUUUAUUUUACGACAAAAAAUUAUAAACCAACUACAUGUCAAACAACAUGUAAUGUCUCCGGAUACAAAAGCUGCACAUUCUCAACUGCUCAAAGCUCUUACAAUUCAAGCAUUUAUUCCAAUUUUUGUAGGGAUUGCUGUGACAUUUUACUUUCUUUCGCAAUCUGGACUUGUGAGGUCACCAAUUCUUGAGUAUUCAAUAUAUGCUGUUGCCAUUUUAGCACCUGCAUUAUCUCCUAUCACGUAUUUAUACUUUGUUCGACCGUAUCGUCAGAACGUGAAGAGAUUUAUUGCAAAUCCAUUCAAAAUUCUACUGAAUACAAACACAGGAUCAAGCAUUGGAGUUUUCCAUUCUGGUGGACGACCGUCAAAUUUUGCAACAACUUUAAAUACAUCUCGAUGAGUUUGAAUAAAUUCUUUGUUGAUA